GAAAGUCAAACGAUAGAUUUAUAUAUUUAUUAAAAUGAUUUGCUCAAUACAAAAGUGCACAGUUAAUAAGGAAAUGAAAAGAAAUCAGCGUCGGGCUGCUCCAAAUACCCAUCCCAAUUGCAGAAUAGAGAAUUAUGGGCUGGCCAGAAAGAACUCGCUCUUGGCCAUAGGCGGACGCAUCAUACACAGGGAGUAUCAGAAUGUGGAGAGAAUGCAAUCCAUAAUCAACCGGAGAAAAACAAAAGGCGGACAUGAGUCAAGUAGUGAAAAAGUAUCAUCAGAAUGUUUGGUAGAGCAGGAAGUGGAAUCUUCCUGCAAGAGAGUAAUCAAUGCUGAGAAUAAUAAUAAAUUUAAUGCAAAGAAAAAUUUACAAUUGAAAAACUUGCUGAGUGAUGUACAUGUUGAGAUGAUUGGCAGUUGGGAGCUGAAAGAAAUGAUAGAAUCGCACCGUAAAACCCCAACACGCCGAGCAGACAAAGUAACUAAGAUCAAUGAGAGAGUCAGGACAUCAAUGAAUAGAGAAAAAAAGACUUCAAAACAGGCUGUGCAUGCUAGCAAUAGACCAAAAAAGGAGAUCAAUAAUAACAAGAAACUUUUGUCAACAGUCAUGAAACAGCCUAUUUCACCAACAAAAGUAAAUGAGAAUAUAAUGGAGACUCAUCACAACAAAGAAUUCGUUGUGGAGCAGCAAAAACUAUCUAAGCCAUCAAUGCAAACUGAGACUGAAGCUGGCGAUAAGAUAAUAUUGGAAGCCAAAUCUCAGUCAAUGUUUGUAAGUGAGCAUAGGCCCGAAGCUAAAGUUGAGAUCUUAAGGAAGACAAAUGUGAAGAUUGAACAGAUUAAAAAAAUAACUACCACUAAUAUGCGGCUUUCUAAAAGAAUAGAAUUUAGGAAAUUUAAUACAAUGCAGCGCAAUAAGUUCCAAGUUAAUAAUAAUAAAAUGACUAAAAAGAAUCCAAUAACAAGUAAAAAUCAAAUGGCUUCAAAACGGCAUAAUAAUUACCCAGAAGUUAAAGAGAUUGAAGAGCUAAAGAAAAAUAUGAAUGAAAUAUCGAAACUCACGAGAGAAGAAGAGAUGAAGUGUUUGACUCUGGCCCAAAAAGUGGAUAGGAAAACUGUGAAGCCAAUGGAAAAUAUAGUCGAGGACACUAAAAAUAAAACCAAAGCGAUUGUCCAACCCUUUUCACUGGCCAAGAUUAAUGUGGCGCAGGUGAAUCAGAUCAGGCAAUCUAAAAGAUUGAAACAAUUCUGUCGGAUAUAUAUAAAUUUGGCAAUACAGCAACAGUUGAUGGCAUUGAGAACAACUAACAAUCCAUUUGAAAAAGAUCAGAACACUAACAUUAUGAGAAUUGAAUAUCUGUCGCGUAAAACUGGUCAGAUUUUCUCCAAGCCCAAACUCUGUGUGCCUAUAGAUCCGCACAAUAAAGUCCAUCAAAAAGAUAUAUUCUAUUUUAUACUGAUUUUCAUUUUUAUUGCAUUGUGUGGCAUUGGCGAAGCAGAUCCUUACUUUUGGCGAUGGGUCUUUCGGAGAUUAAACAGUUUUUGUCAUAAAUAUUUGUUCUUAUAAAUAAUAUA